ACUAGUAUCCAAUUGAAUUUCGAACAGCGAUGCCAUUUAUAGCGUAAAUAUCGUGCAAAAUCAUAAUUUUUCUUUUUGUUUUUACUACAAAAAAACAUAAAAAUAGAUAACGAGCCGUAUAUAUUCGUAAAUUGGAAUUAAAAACGCGAAUUUUAAGACAUUUCCCGUGAAAAUUGGUGCACGUUUUCGGAAAAGCCGCUCUCCUGAACCUUUACCAAUUGGAAUUAAAAACGAAUUUUAAGACAUUUCCCGUGAAAAUUGGUGCACGUGUUCGGAAAAGCCGCUCUCCUGAACCUUUACCACAAUUAUUUAUAAUUAGACGUUCGGUAACUUAAAUAAAAGAAAUUGUCCGUUAUGGGAGUAACAGGUCUUUGGAAGUUGGUUGAGCCUUGUGGUAGCCCUGUUCCUAUUGAAACUCUGGAUGGAAAAAUACUUGCUAUUGAUAUAUCCAUUUGGCUUCAUCAGGUUGUUAAAGGAUUUCAAGAUAAUAAAGGUUCCUUGUUACCACAUGCUCAUUUAUUGGGUCUUUUCCAUCGUUUGUGUAAACUAUUGUACUAUCGUAUACGUCCGGUUUUUGUAUUUGAUGGAUUGGUGCCACAAUUGAAACGUGAUACAAUUGCUCGAAGGCAUCACCAACGUAGUAAGAUAAACAAUGAAGCGAAUAGAAUACAAUCUCUAUUGCUUGAAUCACUUGCUAAAGAAAAAUUAGUGCAACAAGCAUUAGGUGUUAAUGCUCAAUUCUUAACGAAAUCGCCUAACAAAAGAAAAAAUAAUCAUAAUAAUAAGAAUGAAAAUGAAAAAGAUGAUAUAUUCAUAUUACCUGAACUUCCUGCCCAAAAAGAAUCUAAGAAGAAUCAGGAAUACAUGGAUUCAUGCCUUAGUUCUUUUUUAGAAGUAUCAGAAGCUGACAGCUUCUUUGAUGACUCUAAUCCUUGGGGGGAAUAUACUGCAAACAUUCAAGCAAUAGAUGUGCGCAGUGAACAUUUUAAAAGCCUGCCACCUGAAGUUCGGCAUGAAAUAUUGGUAGAUAUAAAGGAUACGCGCAAGCAGUCUUCAUGGGGUCGUCUACAUGAAUUACCUUCGAGCAGUAACGAAUUCAGUUCUUUUCAAAUGAAGAGGCUUCUUAAGCGACGCGCUGUUCAAGAAAGUAUUGAAGAAACUGAGAAAGAAAUGGGUGAACGAGCAUUAACAUUUACAGAUUUACAAAACUUCUUUACUGAAGAGGGGAUUCUAGAUCCCGAAAAUAUACAUGAAAAGGCAAAACCAGUAUGUUCCGAUGAAGCCGUCCGCUUUAUGUUAGUGCGUGAUUUACGCAAAACACUAUUGAAAGAUAAUAAAAAUAAUGUAUCCUCUUCGAUAAAAAAUGAUAGCGCUGUGAAAAUAAGUGUCCCUGAGGAUAAAGUUGCACACAAUUUGGAAGAACCUAAAAAAAGCAAUGAAUGCUUUGGAAAUCAAUUAGAUGAAAUAAAUAAAGAACACAAUGAUGAUUUAGCAUUGGCUAUUGCUCUAUCAGUGGAAGAUGAAGCGGAACCAGUGUAUAGUAAUGAAGACUAUAAUUACAACACUAAUGUCGACAUAAAACUGAACCGGCAACAACGUAAUCAAUUAAAAAAUGCCGCGAUUGGCCCGGCUCGUGCUUAUAUGAUUGAAUAUGGUGGAUUGAAUGACGAAGAAGUUGGAGAAAUAAUGGAGAAGACGCAAGUUGAUUAUGAUACUGAGAAUGAGGAUUUUAAUGUUGCCAAGGGAAUCGUGGCACCUUUAAGUUAUAUUUCUACCCAAUGUACAUACAAACAGUCAAACGAGAUAAAUCCUGGCGAUGCGGAAAUUUCUAAACAAUCAUUCGAAGUAUCCAGUCAAGAGAUAAGUCUACGAAUGAGUGAUAGCUCAGAAACAGAUUCGGAUUUAGAAGAAGUUGUCGAUAAUAUACCAAUGACUUGUAAAAACGUGUCUAAUUUGGAAGUGGUUAUAGAUACUCAAGACAGAAUAUUUCCUGAAGACGAUUUAUUUACAGAUAUUUUUGGAUCAAAAGAGGAGAAACCAUCUGAAAUUGUUGCAGAAACUUUUGUCACUAAAUGUUCUAUUUCUAAUGAAAGUUCUGAAAUUAUCAUAGUGGACAGUAACCAAUCUAUUGAUAGGUGUAGUAAUGUAAAUUGGGGAUCAAAAGACAAGAAAUUUGUCCAAACUAAUGGGCCAAAAGCUCCGAUAACAAUGGAAAAUGUAGCUACAACUACUCAAAUGUCUUCUAUAUUCAAUGAUCUCAAAAAACAAGCAAAUGAGGUCAAAAACAUAAAUUUAGAUAACGUUAAUAUUAAUGAAAUUAUAGAAAUAUAUGACAGUGAUGACCAAAGGUUGGAACAUGUAACGCCGAAUAAAUCACCUAAAUUUGAAACGCCUACAAAAAACAAAAGUAUUAACGAGUAUUUUGAAACAAAGUAUGUAGUAAAACGAACUCCAGAAAGUAAUAAAAAGAAGGACGAUAAACGAGAAAGAUGUAAUGUAAAGUCCCCUUUUUUUGUGAAGAAAUCAAACUCAUCCCACCGAAAAGAAUGCGUUAUGAAAUUGAAUGAGUCUUCACUUCGUGGGCGAAAGCUCUCGAAAGCAUCCAAAACACUAUUUGGAAAUACGAGUAAAUCACCUGAAAAUAAAGAGGAAGUGAAUGCCAAUUUAUGUGGUGAGGAUUUACUAAAAACUGCGACCAGUAUUGUCAAUGAACAAAAUUCCGAGCAACUAGAAGUACUAGCUUCAGAAUUAGCCAAAGAACGACGAGAUUUAGAAAUUGAACGUAACCGACAAGAUCGCAUGGGCACAGCAAUAAAUCAAACUAUGCAUUCUGAAUGCCAGGAGUUAUUAAGAUUAUUUGGCAUUCCUUAUGUUAUUGCACCUAUGGAGGCAGAAGCACAAUGCGCUUUUCUUGAUUCAGCAAAUUUAACUCAAGGUACUAUUACUGAUGACAGUGAUAUUUGGUUAUUUGGCGGCAGAACCGUAUAUAAGAAUUUUUUUGAACAAAAUAAACACGUUUUAAAAUUUGAAGCCGAUAAAAUUAGCCAUGCUUUUAACUGUGACCGUGCAAAGUUAAUACAGUUAGCUUGCUUAGUAGGUAGUGAUUACACAACAGUUUCUAUUCUAAUAGGUAUACAUGGCAUUGGUACUGUUACAGCUUUGGAAAUCUUGGCAACGUUUUCGUUGGCAACAAAGCCUACCAAAGAAGAUUGUAGCGAACAAAGUAUAACAACUAGCUCCGUACUGUCAACCUUAUACCGUUUUCGAGACUGGUUCAAAAUACACAAAGAUUUAACACAGCCUACUGGUAGUUCUACACGUCUUAACUUGCGAAAAAAAUUAAAAAACAUUGAAUUAAAUGACGGAUUUCCCAAUCCAGCAGUUAUUGAAGAAUAUUUGUUCCCAACAAUUGAUGAUAGUAAGGCAACAUUUAGCUGGGGAUAUCCCGACGUUGAAUCUAUACAUGCUUUCGCGAAAAAAGUAUUCGGUUGGACAACAGUAAAAACAGAUGAAGUGCUUAAGCCUGUGCUGAAACGAAUCAACGAUAAACAAACUCAAUCCAGUAUACGCAACUAUUUUACUAUAAAAAGUGCUUUAAAGCCACGAGACUUAAAAGUAAGCAAGAGAGUACAGAAAGCGAUCGAUACAAUGGCUGGAAAAUUGAAUGAAAGCGAAGUAGAAAUGCCUGUUAUUAAAAAAAGAGGCAAUAACAGAUGUAGAAACAUUCAAAAUGAAGCCACCAAAACCCAUAAUGAGAUGAAUAAUUCUGUUCAGAGUAAUUCUGUAUCAGAUGUUGCAAGCACAAGUUCAGUAUUGAAGAAAGAAAUAUGUAGACGUUCAUCUUUCCUACCGGAGAGUAAACCAGUGGUCCGACAACGAGAAAACGAUAAGGAUAUAAUACGCCGGUAUAGAGAAAACACAGCUGCAUUGUUGAAUAAGUCUACCUCUGUAAUGUCAGUUAGAAAAUAUGCCAAAAAGAGACGAACAGAAUGAAAACGAAGUUUAUAUACACCCAACUCUUUUUUUUACACGGAUUUGAAGUUACACGGUUGAAAAAACAAAUGUUUGUAAAAAAUUUUUAAUCUAGUCUUGUAAUUAUGUUUGUUUUUACCACACUUAGCACCAUUGCUGAAAUGAACAUACAUAGUAGUGACCGGGAAAUCCCUUUAUUCGAUAACUCUUACCUGCACAUUUUGUUCGCAUGAUAUUUACAUUGCUGAAAUGGUUAUCUCCAGUGAUGAUACCGACUUUAGUCCAGUUAGUCGCAAACAAUUGCGCUUGUUAUCAAGUAGCGACGAAUAAUUAUGUAACAAUUUUUCACCUGCAUGAAUUAUGUAUUUUAUGUUUUAAUGCUCAAUAAAAUGCCAUAUAAAUAUACAAUUUGUAUGCAUAUCUGAAAUUUUAUAGUUUUCAACAUUUUUACACGGUUUUUCGAAGUAAAUAUACAUAGUUCUUUAUUUUUUCAGAUGACAUGGAACGUAUCCCCCAUUUUACUAUAGGAAACGCCUCUUUUUUACACGGUUUUUUUUACACAGUUUUCUGAGGAACGUAUCUACCGUGUAAAAAAAAGUUGGGUGUACAUACAUAUUUACUGUUUGCCUGAAACUUUAAAAUAACUUGAGUAAUAUUCUGCGAUUUCUACGAUUUAUUAUAAUUUAUAUAAAUUAUAACAAUUUUAAUAUUAUUUUAAUAACUAUUGGACUUCCCGUCCGGCACGGUCGGCUUCAAAUAUAUAUCUAAUAUCAAAUGUCAUAUUUACAGACGCGUUA